UGUAACAUCUUAUUAAUCUAUGUCAUUAGGUCGUAUUUCAAACAUCCAAAAAAUUCCAAAUCAUCUAACAUUCAUCUUGAAACAAUUCAUUAUCUACAUGAUUGAUGAUGGCACAGUCAACUGCCAACGAUCUAUUAAAAUUAAUACACAAACAAAAUGGAGUUAUAAUUUAGUGUCUAAUUACUGGCGAUGUGGUGGCAUGAACAUUUCAUUUGUUGUGGUUAUUAGCCGUUGCCAUGGCAACCACACGAGGUAGUUCAAGUUUUAUUUUGGAGAGGUUCAGUUGGAGUAGGACCGGGGGCGCGGCGCGAGGGUCGAAAUGUCCACCUCCGAUCGACGUCAAAUGAUAGGUCGUUUACGGAUGAUUGAUUUGACGGACUGAUUUAUUGACGGCGAAUUUCGGUGACACAAAUUUUUGGAUAGUUUGGGGUACUUCUAAAUAGGUACCGUCAUACUUGGUGUAACAGUGUGGUGGUGCACCGGAUGCCAUGACUCAGAGCAACCAGACUCCGGACAGGAGCGGCGCGGCGCCCAAUGUCACCGAGGAGAAACUUAUGGUGGCGGUGCGCGUGCGGCCGCAGCGCGCGGACGAGGGCGCGCGCAUCGUGCACGUCGUCAGCGACAAGAUGCUGGUGCUGGAGGAGGAGGCGGACGCGCGGCGCGACGUGCUGCGCGCGCGCCGCGGCGCCGACCGCCACUACGUGUACGACCGCGUGUUCGGAGAGGACAGCACGCAGGGCGAGAUCUACGAGCACGUGGUGGCGCCCCUAGUGACCGGGGCGCUGCAAGGGUUCGCCGGCGCGGUCUUCGCGUACGGGGCCACCGGCGCCGGCAAGACCCACACCAUGACCGGCAUGAUGGGCCGCGCGCUGAGCCAUCUGUUCUCCGCUAUUGAUGAGAGUGGCAACCCUGCGGGAUAUGAGGUCAAAAUGUCCUACCUGGAGAUCUACAACGAGAACAUCAAGGACCUGCUCAACCCCACCUCCGGGCACCUGGAGCUGCGCGACGAGGGCGGGUCAUCAGCCCCGGUGGUAGCUGGGCUGAGUGAGGUGCGGGCGAGCAGCGCCGCGCAUGUAGCUGAGCUGCUGGCCAGAGGGGACAGAGCGAGGACCGCCGAGCCCACGCAUGCUAAUGAGCAUUCGAGUAGGGGACAUACGCUGCUUAGUGUGACAGUGCUCGGCCGCUCAGACAGCGGGCUGCGGCGCGGGCGCCUCUUCCUCAUAGACCUGGCUGGGUCGGAGCGUGCAGGGCUGCGAGCGCGUCGCCUCGAGGGUGCCCAUAUUAACCGUUCCCUACUGGCCCUCGCUAACUGUAUUAUGGCACUGUCUGGCGGUGCGAGAUACGUGAACUACCGAGACUCGAAGCUGACCCGUCUUCUUCGCGAGGUGCUCGGGGGCCGGUGCCGCACCGCCAUGAUCGCGCACGUGGCCCCCGGCGCCGGCCAUAGAGAGACCACGAGGUCCACGCUGCAUUAUGCGCAGCGGGCUGCUUCUAUUACUAACAGGGUGGAACGGGAGUUCCUGGAAACUCCAAAACACUUAUCCCAAUACCGCACUGUGAUCAGCGAACUUCGAGAGGAGAUCUCCCGGCUCAAGGGGAAGAUGAAAGAUGAUCGGACAAAACUACAAGAAGAUGAAGCCAACAACGAAGAACAAGAGGCAAAGACCGAACAAGAAACAGAAGAAAGCGCUGCGCAUUUAAAAGCGCUUCGAGAGAGCAUAAUCUCUACAUUCAAACAGCAAAUGCGCUUGCGACGGCGUUUAAUGGAACUAGACAGCCACUUGUUGGGUCUAGCACUAGAUGCUGAGAAGCAACACGCGGCCAUAUCGCACUGGGAAGCGAGAUUUAACAGGCUGUAUAAGCCAAUAAGCAUGUCUGGAUCCAGGAUCAGCACACAGCAGAGUUAUCGCGGCGGCACAGUGGGCUCAGUAAGCGGCGCGGAGCGUGCAGAAGCAGAAGUAGCGGUGGAGCAGGCGUGGGCCGAGCUGGCGGGCGUGGAGCGCUCGCAGGAGGCGGCGCGGGACGAGCGCGCGCGCGUCACUGCGCAGCUGGAGGCAGUGAGGAGACGCGGCGCCAGGCUCGAGCAGGAGCUGCCCGAGCGCAUCGCGAGCGGCCCGGAGCGCGAAGUCUUAGCCCUGGUGUGCCGCGUGCACGAGCUAGAAGCGGAUAAAUUAUCCCUUCAGGGGUCGCUGGCGGCGCGCGCGCAUGAGCUCAGAAGAAGAGAUGCGGUGCUGCAGCGUAGAGAUGCCACUAGGACGCUGUCCGACGAGAUUAUUACGAGGCAGAGGACGCAGUUGCAUCAGCUAGGCGCAGCGAUAUCUCCGGAACUCGCUCAGCUCUACGAGUUGUACCAGCAGGAGAUCCACGCGUCCACCUACACGGAGGGGCAGGACCACGCCUACCGCCUGCCACCGAUAUCCACCAGUAUGUCGGAGCUGGCGUGGUCGGAGAGCUCGUCGGGCUCCGGGCGCGGCUCCUCCUCGGGCUCCACGGCCCCGGAGCGCCUCCCCCGCCUCGCGCCCGCGCCGCGCCCGCCCACUAGAUACAGCCACGCAUCUGCACUAAAGCGCUACUCGAGUGACGACAGCCUGGUGAUGGCAGCGCCGCGCGGCGGCCAUGCGGACGAUCCGUGAACUAAACUCGCAUUUAGUUGUACUGUGACUCGUCCUACUUGAAUGUUAUUGUGAAUCCAAUGGGAAGCUUGGAUCUAAGAGUAUUAUGAAAGGUGAAAAUCUUUCCAUGGUAAGUAAGAAAGGAGACUUAUCAAAUCAGUUCUUACCUACUGGGCUAACUGGUGUAUAGUUCACACCAAAGCGGGUAUUUUGACGGUAUUCAAGUUGAAGAGAAUUUGAAUUAUUAUUAUUAUUGGUCAUAAGCCUUUCUGCUUAUUCUGGCUAGUAGAUUUAUCCUUUGCAAAUAAUAUGCAAUUACUUUUUCGUUGCAUUUACGAUACGAAGAAAACAUGAGAUUGUAUUUUUAUAACAUUGAUUGCAUAGAUCACCUAUAUGUAUAUGGUCAAUAACACUAGUCAAUAAGUAAACUAUUGUAGAUAGCGGCUGCUGGCAGCUGCUUGUUUGUUUCAUAGUAAGAUACCGCAUAGUUAAUCUUCUUGGCACGGAUUUUGAUGAGUAGAAUCAUAAUUAUAGUUGAGUUGUUCUAGUCACAUGAGACAUAUUCGUUUAGGUUUUUGAAUGUACCAAAUUGUAUGUUAUUUUCUAUGCAAUGUCUGCUGAUUCUGCUUUUAAAUAUAAUAUUAUUAUCUUAUGCUUUAACCUUUAGGUAUUUCAGCUGAUGUUACGAUUUACCCAGUGCUUAUACUGAUGACAGUGUCGAACGAUUAAUGUGAAGACAUUAUAUUAUUUUAACCGCAAUAAUUUAAUUCAAUUAACUCAUGGAUGGUUGGUACUUUGUUAUGCCUGGACUUCCAGUAUUUUUAGUUACUUAUGAGUAAGUCCAUUUUUAUCUUCUAAUAAAACCAAUAGUCUUCUUCAGUAGAAUUAUAAAAAAAAACAAAUUUAUUUAUUUAUUAGUAGUCAGUGAAAAUUGUUUGAGCUCCACAAAUACAUGUAAUUUUAAUAAAUAA